GGCGCAGUGCUGUCCGGGUUCCAAGCGGAGGUUGUUCUCCUUCGUGAGUCUGCCUGUUCCCAGGUCACCAUAGGUGCUGGAAGGAUGUCCACCCAGCUUCCAACCAAGGGGUCCCUGGGGUCGGUGGCAUUCAGGGAUGUGAUUGUGGACUUCACCCAGGAGGAGUGGCAGCAGUUGAAGCCUGAGCAGAAGGACCUGUACAGGGAUGUGAUGAUGGAGAUCUACUGGAACUUGAUCUCACUGGGCUUGGAGACUGAACAGAACAUGAAUGAAGUGGACCCAGAGAAGGAGUCUUGGGAAGACAGACCAUCCAUUGCAAUGGUGGUAGAAGGACUCAUGAAGAAUGGUGCCCAGGGUUACUCCUGUGAAAAAGCAGAGAUGCAGGGUGACAGGGUGGGGAAGCAACACAGAAACACAGGGGCCUGUGUAGGGCCUUUGGACAUGUCCCAAGUGUUAGCUCCUGAGUGUUGUGAAUUUAAGACAUACAUCCACCAGAGCCAUAUGCCAGCCCCACCAAGAUUGGAAGGACCGAGAGGGCCAGGGAUGCACUGUUUCAGCAUGUGUGGGAAGAACUCAGGUACUUCAAGCCCCAGUCCUCCCUCCCAACUUUGUGCAGAGAAGAAGACAUAUAAGUGCAGACACUGUAGCAAGACUUUCAGUUCAAAGUCAUCCCUGUGGAAGCACCAACAAAACCAUUCCUUAGAGAAGCGGUAUGUGUGUGGGGACUGUGGUAAGGCCUUCAGCCGGAAGGAUAAGAGCAUUCUACACCAGAGGACGCACACUGGGGAGAAACCUUACAUGUGUGUGGACUGUGGCAAGUCCUUCAGCCAGAAGGGAAACAUCAUCCUACAUAAGAGAACGCACACUGGGGAGAAGCCAUAUGUGUGCGGAGACUGUGGAAAAGCUUUCAGCCAUAAAUCAGCCCUCAAUGUACAUCAGAGGACGCACAUCAGGGAAAAGCCUUACUCGUGUGGAGAUUGUGGCAAGGCCUUCAGAGAGAAUAGGCGCCUCAUUGAGCAUCAGAAGAUACAUACUGGGGAGAAGCCGUACAUGUGUGGGGACUGUGGCAAAGCCUUCAGCCAUAAAUCGAGCUUCUACAUGCAUCACAAGAUGCACACUGGGGAGAAACCUUACGUGUGCGAGGACUGUGGCAAAUCCUUCAGCAAGAAGGGUUAUAUCACCUUACACCAGAGAACACACACUGGCGAGAAGCCACAUGUGUGCAAGGACUGUGGCAAGACCUUCAGAGACAAUUGGAUCCUUAUUCAGCAUGAGAGGAUGCACACUGGGGAAAAGCCAUACACAUGUGGGUACUGUGACAAGGCCUUUAGCAAGAAAAGGUAUCUCGUCCUUCAUGAGAAAACACAUACCGGGGAGAAGAUACACUUGUGCAGCGACUGUGGCAAAGCCUUCAUCCACAAGAGGAGUCUCAUUGUGCAUCAAAGGACGCAUACAGGGGAGAAGCCUUAUGUGUGUGGGGACUGUGGGAAAGCCUUUAGAGAGAAUAGGCGCCGCAUCGAGCAUGAGAGGAUGCACACAGGGGAGAAGCCUUACGUGUGCAGUGACUGUGGCAGGGCCUUCAGAGAGAAGAGGCGCCUCAUCGAUCAUCACAGGACACACACUGGGGAAAAGCCAUACAUUUGCAGGAAAUGUGGGAAGGCCUUCAGCAACAAAAGGUGCCUUGUCCUCCAUGAGAAGACACACACUGGGGAGAAGCUGCAUUCAUGUGGAGAAUGUGGCAAAGCCUUCAUCCACAAAUGGAGUCUCAUUGUGCAUCAGAGGACCCACACAGGGGAGAAGCCGUAUGUGUGUGGGGAGUGCGGCAAGGCUUUCAGAGAGAAUAGGCGCCUCAUGGAGCAUAAGAGGAUGCACAUGGGGGAGAAGCUGCACUCAUGUGGAGACUGUGGCAAAGCCUUCAGCCAGAAAUGGAUGCUCAUUGUGCAUCAGAGGACGCACACAGGGGAGAAGCCCUUUGUGUGCAGUGAGUGUGGAAAGGCCUUCAGCACGAAAAGUCAGCUCAUCCGGCAUCAGAGGACGCACACCGGGGAGAAGCUGCACUCCUGUGGGGACUGUGGCAAGGCCUUCAGCCAGAAAUCUGGCUUCAUUGUGCAUCAGAGGACGCACACUGGAGAGAAGCCAUAUGUGUGUGGUGACUGUGGCAAGGCCUUCAGUCAGAAAUCCAGUGUCCUUGUGCAUCAAAGGACGCACACAGGGGAGAUGCCAUACCUAUGUGGGGAGUGCGGCAAGUCAUUUAGAGUGAAGAAGAGCCUCCUUGAGCAUCAGAGGACACACAUUGGGCAAACACCGUAUGUGGGCAAGGAUUCCAGCCAGGCCUUCAGAGAGAAUAGGUGCCUCAUCGAGCAUCAUGAGAUGCACACUAGGUAGAAGCAGUACAUAUGCAGGGAUUGUGGCAAGGCUUGUUGCCAGAACAGGAACCUCACUGAGCAUCAAAGAAUGCAGAUUUCAUCCCUGGCUGGUGUGGCUUUGGACUGAGUGCUGGACUGUGAAUCAAAGGGUCUCUGGUCCAAUUCCCAGUCAGGGCACAUGCCUGGGUUUAGGCCAGGUCCACAGUAGGGGGAUGCUCCUGAAGCAACCACACAUUGCCAUUUCCUUCCCUCUCUUUCUUCCUUCCUCUUUCUAAAAGUAAGUAAUUUUUCUUAAAAACCUAGGGAAAAAACAAUGUACCCUCAGGAGAAGGCAUACAUGUUAGGCUAGUACAGACUUGAGCAAGAACUCCACGUUCAGGAAGCACAGACCAGUGCAUACAGGGGAGUCCCCUGCCAGGGCUCCAUCUGCCAGAAGGACUUCAUGACAUGCUUAUCUCUACAAAAUCAUCUGACUAGCCCCACCUUGGAGAAUUGCGGCAAAACCUUCAUCUGGAACAUUUUGCUCCCCACCCACCAAGUGGUUUCUGUGGCAGACAAGCCCUACUACCAGAGUGGCAAGUGCAGGAAAACCUUCAGCAGGAAUUUCUACCUCAUGUGGCACAAAGCAAGGGAUUGGGGGGUUUUCGAAUCCACCCCGACUAGCUAGGUCCUGAGCUCAUGGGCCAGUGCCAGACUUGAUAUUGGAGCCCACAGGUAGGAAGCAAGAGAAGUCCUGAUCAGACCUGUCUUAGAAAUAUGGGUGUUGAGGACACACCAAGACAUUCUCACCCUUGAUUCCCCAGCAUCCACAGGGCCAGGUGCAAAGCUAGCCCCCUUAGAGGUCUCGUAUCUGGAAUGUGGCCAGGGGUCCUGUGGCUCCAGACCCAGAUCAAGUAAAUUUGUAGGAGCCUGGAUAACACAUUCCGUGUCUGGUCUCUGUCUCCUGUAUAGCAGAGUGGAGGGAAGAAAGGAAGAUGUGGAGGUAGGCUCCAUGGGGUCAUUGUCACUUUGUGACACGUGCCUGGAUCUUGUCUAAGGGUCAGGUGAUCACAUGUGUGGCUGUCCUCAUUAACCCCAUACCCAUCCCCCAGUAUCCUUCCAACAGUAGAAGGUGCCAGGUAUUUUAUGAGGGCAAGGAAAUUUUUUUUUCAGCAUGGGAACUAACAAUAAUUGUAAGAGAUGCCAUAGUAUCUCACAGGGCUGUGUAAGUUUUUUAAAAAUAGAACUUUACGUUAAGGGAGACCAAUGUCAUUUUAAACAAUCAUAUGCAAAAGGUACACGUACAGGUUGUCCUGUCAAAUUGAGUGUGAACACUUUAAGGGAGGGGAUCCAAAUACCCCACCGAAACCCCAGGAACCCUGAUGCACACACUGGUGCACAGUGUACGCAUCAUGGAUGAAAUGAGACAUUCACAUGAACUACUGUGUCCUGUGGAGGAAAAGGGACAGCAGGGCUACCUCUCAAGGGGAGGGUGCCUCGGAAGGGCCUGGCAACUCUCAAGAGGAGAGUGCACAGAUCCAUUCCUUCACGGGUUUUUAUUGGGUUUCAAUUUGCACAGGAAUACAGGUAAGGUUCAUUAAUCAUUGUCAUGCAGUAAGGAGCAAACAGUAGAUUGCAUAUAAAGAAUUUUGAGGCCUUAUUCUGAGUCAGGAUCUGUUAGCUCAAGGGCUACAAAAUUUGAGAAAACAAAUUCAUUUCCUGCUUGGGUCUUUAUCAUUUAAUUAAGGUCAUUCUUAGCAAAGCAGGUUUCACAGGAGUUUAUGUGUUCUUUCUCAGGCCUGAUCAUCUGGGGAAACCUGCCCUUUCCAGCAGAGGGCUUCGUGGCCCUCUGUGUUUCAGGAUUAAGUCAGGGAGAAGAAGCAAGGCAGCCAAGAGAUUAGGAGACUACUUGAAGACAGAAUGAGGACUCUGGCUUUGUUCAAAGCCAAGGGGCGAGGGUCCAUUACCUGCCUUUGCUGUAGUCUCCCAAGUCCUUCCCUUGGGCCUCCAUGUGGUUAUGCCUUUCAGGUCAUUCCCCCCUUGGGGAAUCUUAACCAUCAUUGGUUAACUGAUCAAGCAUUGGGGAUCAGUAAUGGAAAAAGGAGUACAAGCAGUGCUCCUGCCAGGGAGAUAAGCUUUGUCUCAUUAGUGGCUUAUGGUCCAAAGGUAGGUCACUCAACCUUAGCCAUGGAGGAGGGGUCGGAGGUGCUGGGGGUUAUAGCUCCUGAAACCAGGUAGGGCAGUUUCCAACACCUCCCUUUUUUUUUGUUUUUGAAUUGAAUCAAAGCUCUCAAGCCUGUCAAACCUGCUAUUUGCUGUUUCUGAAUGUGAUCUUAAGAAAAUCAUAUAUACGUGUGUGUGUAUAUAUAUAUAUAUAUACAUGUGUGUAUAUAUGUGUGUGUAUUUAUAUGUCAUAAACAACAAAUAAGGAUUAAGACAAUGGGGUACCGAAGGGCUGCUAGGACCCAAACUUGUAAAUUCAGUCAUUGGAAAAUGUUGCAAAUGGAAGGGAAUGAUAAAGAGUAACACGUCUGUUUACACUGUAAUCCUUGGGAGAAUUUGCACAGACUCCAGGAAGUUACUUUAAAGAUAUGCAGUAAGGGCUUGCUGUCUGAAAUCAGGGUGAGAAUUUUAGCAAGAGGAAGUCACAAAACAGCCUAGGUAUAAUGCAGGCCUAAUUUUCCAUGGGAGAACUUCUUCAUGGGUGUGGUCUUGUAUGUUGACUCAUCCCUGACUGGUUCUCCAUGUGGUUGCUGGGCCACAUUUCCACAUCUAGUGAAGUCGUUCCCUACAGAACCUAGCAAGCCUGCCCAGGUCUAUGUCCACCUAUCCCUCCCAGCCUGACAUUCCUGUGUUGGGAAUGGUGAGACCCAUUGUCCGUGCCCAGCCCUUCAGUAGGAGAGAUGGAGAAAGUGCCUGUUCUGCUGAAACCCAAACUUUUGCCCCCUCCCCAGAGGGCCAUUUAAGUUACAGGAGAAAAAUCCUCUCAUAUGACAGCAUCCUGAGAAAAUAAAGUACCUUCAGUCAGGCAGAGGCAUUACCUAAUCUAUGCCUCACCCACAGUCUAGGUCAUGUUUUACUUAAUAUUUCGUUACUGAUGUUCAUGGUGACCUAUUACCAAUAAUAAAUAGCAAGUGAUAUAAAAAUGAUGCUCUAUUAACAAUAAAGCAAUACAUAAAGCUUUUAUUAAUCAAUGGGAAACAAGUAACUAUUUUGUGCAGGUUGGUAUUUGAGAUGAUUCUGUGAAUGGCUGCUGAUGGUGCUGUAGCCUAGUGCCCUGCUCACCAAAAGGGUACGAUCCGGUGGUGAUCAAUACUUAGACUGUCUCCCACUUCUGUACAGUUGCUAAUCUACUGAAGUGCUCCAUGGGACAGACAGAGCACACUGGUUACCCACCUGGCCUGAAAGUGGGGCCCUGCUGGUGGCUCAGUUAGUGAAGCAUUGCUUGUGUAUGCCAAGGUUGCAGGUUCUAUCACUGGUCAGGUGCCUACAAGAAAAAAACAAUGAGUCCUUUGAUGAGUGGGACAAAAAAAUCAAUGUGUCACUUUCUCAAAUAAAAUGUUAAAAAGUGAAGCAGAUUCUUCUACUUGUGAGGUGAUCCUUACAGGAGUGUUGGUGAAACAGCCACAUUUGGGCCACUGCUGAUGUCCCACGGGAGGGAAGAACAGAUCCCCUGCCCAUGACUGAGUUUUAAACACAACAGGAUUCCAUGAUCGUGGGUGACUCAACGGGGCACACCAUGGGCUGCACCCAGACAAAAGAUGAACUGGAUUCAGCUCACUCAGUUUAUUUACACUGUAGUAAGUUGUCCUUGUUGAAUCAUUGUAAUAUUUUACAUUUACAAGCAUCACACUUUAUUCAUUUAACUCUUUGGGAAAUAUAGACUGUCAUUGCUCUGGCUGCUGUGGUUCAGUGGAUGGAACAUCAGCCAGCAAACUGAAAGAUUUCCAGUUCAAU